GUCUAAUUCUUUUUUUCCCUCCGAUGCUUCCCCAGAAGGGAUCAGACAGGCUGAAUGCAAGAGGGUGUCUCUUGUCCACCACCCCCUUUGCCAUCAGUAAUAUCCUUUGGCACUGAGUUCCACAGGUCAUACACUUUAAACAUGUUGCUUUUUUUAAUUAGAGCUGGAAGAAAGUUUUCCAAGGGAAUGUUUUUUCCGUUGGAAAAUGCCGAUUCAUCGACCACUUGUGGAAACAAGUCGAUUUUGAUGAAAUGUUGUUUGGAGGGGAAAAAAUGGAGGGAAAAUCCACAUAAAAUUUCAGUUUUCCAUUCAUGAAAUGACUCUUCGGUAUCUUUAAAUUUUAUAUUCUGUAAUCCAGUGUAAUGCAUUUAAAAAGUCAAAAUCUAAACGAAACAUUUAGAUCAACCCGCAGUGAAUUUAUUUGCAGAACUGUGUGCAACCAGAAAAAAAAUUAAAAUCCUUAAAUUUCCAGCCUAAAUGGAAAAUCCAGUCCUACUUUUAACUACCAGAUGCCCCCACGGCUAAUAUUAGGAGAGGGUAAACAAAAGCUCCUUACUGACCUGCCCUGAACCAUUCCCUAUUUUACAUUUUCCUGUUCCCAUGAGGAUCAUAUUGAUCCCCCUUUGAGAGUUGCUGAUGAAAAGUGCUAGAAGAGUGAGGAAUGAUUAUCCACCGGACAUCAGUGAACUUAAGGGGCUAUCCAUUUCAAAUGCACGUUCAUUUUCUCCUGUCAGGGCUGGUGGCCUCAGACCAUCCCAGUCUGGUUUCAUGUGAUUUCCAGCACGUGCUAUGCGGAUGGUUUCCUGUCUAUUGCAGACCACUGCUGGAGUGGGACCUUCGCAUAUAGAAGUCGGCCCCUGUUUUGCUGUUGCGGCUCUCCCACAUGAUCUGAGCGGAUCUUCCCGGUACACCAUGGCACGGCAUAGCAAGCUCCAGAAGCAAGUCUUGAGCUUGUACAGACAGUUCCUACGAGCCGGCAAAGAGAAGCCGGGAUUCUUACCUUGCAUACAGGCCGAGUUCCGGAAGAACGCCAGCAUCCCCCGGAUGGAUGUUAUGCACAUUGAGUAUCUCCUCCGCCGUGGCCAGAGGCAGCUGGAGCAGGUCAGAGACGGUAACACCAAACAAAUGGGAACUUUUGUCAAAACCAAGCCGGAACGGCGGUGACCCCUGCUGGCUGGCGCCGGCGGCUUUCUUGUACUGGGACAGUUAGCGUGUGAAUUCGGAGACGUGCCUGCUAGAUUCUCACACCCCGUUCUGUUUGCACAUGGGUCUGAUCACAGCGAAGGAAAACUGUCCAGUCAGUGCAGUUGUGCUGCCUGGAUUGGAGUUCAGUGGGAUAAAUAAAGCCUGGUUUAGGUGUCUUUACACGAGGAGCCGCUAGAGGAUGAAUUUGAGAAGCCAAUCUCUACCAUUCCAAGCGUUUUAAUCAUUCAGGGGUGGAUGGGUGAUCUGGAGGUGGCGUUCUUGGGACAUAAUCCGUUCCUACCCCUGUUGUCUCCUCUUUUCCAUCCUGUAGCUAAAGUCAAACAGGCAGAUUACCCAGAAAAGUAAAAGAAAGGGACAGUGGUGGGUUGAAAUCCUAUUUCUGUCAUUUUUUUAAUUAUCUGUAGCUCCUAAAAGCCCCAGUCAUGGGCCAGGCCCCCACUGUGCUAGGUGCUGUACAAACAGUGGAUUUGGGUGCUACAAUUCUUGAGGGCCCCACCAAAGUGCCUUAGAAGGACCAGAAAGAGCUGAGCGCCUGCCUUCUGAAAACGGGGUUCCCUUUAGGUGUCUCAAGACGGGCAGCUCCCUCCCCCCAACCCACUUCUGAAAAUAAAGGCUUUGGGCCAAGGCGUUCUCCAGGGUG